CACACACACACACACACACACACAGACACACACAAGCCCACUCACUGACUUAUACACUCUUCUUUUUUUAUUAUUUGCCUUUCUGUGCUUUUGACAGAGGAGAAUGACGACAGUCAGCAGCUGAAAUGACUUGCAGUUUACCAGCUUUGUGGUGAAACUAUACAGACAAAGAAAAACAGAGAUUUAAAGAGCACAAAUAAUGCAUUGAAACGGAAAGGCUGGCUGGCAGCAACACAGAGGUCGGUCCGAGCCCGGGCACUCUGUGUUCUGCUGUCAUGAGACGGACAUUCAGAUAGGCAGGGACAUAGGUCAAUAUACAACAUGGGUAACUUGUUUAGCCAAGAAGGUGAGGAAGAGGACAGUCUGGUAGGAGAACCUGGUGAAGGAGAAGCAGAAAAUGGAAGCUACUGGGCGAAGAAGAAAGAGGCCUUCCUUCGAGGAAGUAUUGUCUCUGUUGGAGACAAACAUUCUUCAGAAAUUGUUCUCCUGUUUACUGGGCGGAGGCGCUCCUGUGAUGAUCCUGACCAGACCCUGCAGGAGGCGUUGCGCACGCAACUCCGAGUGGUGGAGAGCAACAGCAAAGACGUUGCGCAGCUCUUUAAAGACUUGUCUGCUCGCCUUGUCUCUGUCCACGCCGAGAAGGAUAGCUUUGUGCUCACGUUCAAGACAGUGGAGGAGAUCUGGAAGUUUUCAACUUACCUGUCAUUAGGUUAUGUGGCCCGUUGCUUGGAGAACUUCUUGUGUGAUCAGUCGUUCUGGCUGGACCCAGAGCUGCUCAGUGAGCUGGAGAUCAAUGUGACGGUGGAUGAGGAACAUCUGGCCACCCUCUACCUGGGACUUCUUCUACAAGAGGGAUCCUUCUUCGCCAAGGCACUGUUCUCGGGAAGUGAGGAGGACGAAGACGAUGACGAGAAGCUGCCAUUCAAAAAGAACGACCUGCUGAUGGUUCGAGACACGGGGCAGGACAACAUGUGGGAGGGCGUCAUGCUGGCCACAGGAAAGCACGGCCUGGUGCCCGUCAGCGCUAUGCAGCCACUGCCUUACCCUUUCUAUCAGUGGUUCCUGAGGAAGUAUCCAGGCCAUGCAGGAUGCUCACCCAAAGAAAAGGAACUGUUCGAACAUUCUAUYGUGACAGGUUCAUGUGUAGCUGUAGCCAACCACAGUCCAGCAGCGCCAGACGAGCUCCAGCUGAACCAAGGGGACAUUGUGGAGAUCCAGGGUCUUCUGCUCCGAGGAAUUGAUGUUUUUAUUGGAAAAAACACCUCCACAGAACACACUGGUUUUGUACACAGAGCCCAUGUCAAACCUCUGAAUGUCAUGCCCCUAUCAAGCGUGCUUUUUGAACACUCGCCAGAGCCUCAUGUCAGAGAGGAGUGAAGGGACAACCAUCUACCAGUCCUCUCCUCGUACCUCCAUCACCUCUCCAYGCGCUUCCUUUCAUCAUUCUUACAAUCCUCUGCAACAAGAGGGAGAACACUUAUCUUUCAACGUGGAUGAGACGUUCAGAGGUCUGGACGAGUUCCAGGAGGAUCCACCUCCCUACUUGGAAGAGACCAGCUGGGAUGGAGAAGAGUCUGAGCCCAGUGAUCCCACACUGACUCUGCUCAACCAGGAACACUUCCAGGAGGAUUUCCUGCCCCUGUAUGACCUACAGUGUUCCUUCCUGUGGACGACAUUCAACGGUAAGAAUGAGGACGAGUUGUCGGGACAGCUUGAGAGCAUCAGGGAGUGUGCCAAGAGAAUGGGCAUGCACUGGGCCCACCGACGUGCCUGUUUUGUUCUGGGUAGACUGUGUGCCAGGAAGCUGAAGUUCUCCCAGGCACGUGUAUACUACGAGGAAGCUAUGAGCGUUUCUGUUGACAGUUUCUCUGACAUUCCACUCCUUGUGGCUCUCUUCACCAACCUUGCUGCCAUCUACUUAAAGCAACGUAUGAAUGACAAACUGCCCCACAUUCUGGAGAAGGCCAGCGGCCUCCUCCUCUGCCUUCCCAGCCACACAUUCACAUCCAAAGAUGAAGUAGAACUACUGAAACUGCUCCUGAGGAGAUCAGUCAUCUUGGGGGACAAACACUUGGAGGCUCGUGUCUGCUACCUCAUCUCCAGCCUUUCCCUGCUCCUGAGGAAGGCAGAUGAUGCUCUUCCCUUUGUUGAGCGACUCCAGUUCUUAUCAGCGACAUUGUCAACCACUGAGGGGGGGCCUAUUGUACCUGUGGACCUUAACUGGCUCUUGAGCUGGCUCUAUCAUCGCAAAUACAUGCCUUACUUAGCCUUAGCCUCUCUUAGCUUAGACCCCAGACAAGACCAUUCACUCAAUGAUGCCUUUCUGAGGAUCGAGUUGUUUAUCAGAAACUCUGUUCGUCUGAACCCGAGCUGGAAACCAGGAACCUCCCUCCUUCCUGCUCAGAUUGUGGUUUACCUGCAGCAGGCCCUGGCRGUGGCCGGGAAAGGGGAUGACAUGAAGACGCAAAGGGACUUGUGUUUGGGCCUGGCUUCGGUUUACCAACAGUAUGGUGCACUCGAUAAGGCUGUGCACUGUGCCCAACAAGCCAUGGAGACAAGUAGACAAAUCAAUGAGGAGGAUGGCUUUGAGGCAUCUGUGCUCCUCGGGUGGCUGCUGGUGCUGACGGGCCAGGCUGAGCRAGCUCAGAGUAUCCUUGAACCACUGCUAACGUCCCUGCAGAGCACAGACAGUCCCACUCAGCGAGGAGUGAUCCAUAACCUCUUGGCUUUGUGCCUGAGGCAUGAGGGCCAUAUUCGAAAGGCAGGCUGGCAUCUCCACUCUGCCCUGGUGAUCUCCAGGGAAAGUGGAAACCAAAGGAAUCAGGCCCUGGCUCUGGCCAACCUUGGCUGUCUGGCGCUGGAUGCCGGAGCAUCUCUGGUUGCGGAACGCUUCCUGGUCAGAUCCCUGUGCCUUUUUCUGGAUCUCUGGGAGAGUCCAACAGAUGAGGAGCAUGUUCAGACCUAYCUUUGGCUUGCAAGAUGCUACAAGGACAGAGGAAGGAAUCAGGACAUCAGGGCAUGCUAUGAAAUGGGAUUGUUAAUUGCACUGCAUGCCAAAAAUUUGCACAGUCAAACAGUAGUGGCCAAGAUUCUGAGUCGGUUGUAUGCUGACAUGCUGCUCUACGGACAAAGUAUUGUUUACUAUGAGCACUGCGUGUCCAUGUCCAGAGAGCUGAAAGACAAGAGACUGGAGGGCGAGUGUCUGGAAAAACUCAGCAGCUUCUACCUCGCUCUCAACACAGAGAAAUCUUCUCGUAAGUCUCUCGACUACACCAAGCAGAGUCUGAGGAUUUCUAUUGAUCUGGGCAAGAGAGAGGAGGAGUCAGAGACCUGGCUGCAGGUGGGACGCAUCUACUACCUGAUCCAGGAGGACGAGCUGGCUGACAUGUACUUGCAGGCGGCAGUGAAGACAGCCCUGAGGAUGAACAAUCCUCUCUUUGCUAUGAGCAUCUAUGAGGAGGCGGGAGACGUUUACUUCAAAGGUCACAGAAAUCGAAUGGCUUCACUGAAUUUCUACAGGGAUGGGAGUUUGCCAUUUGCACGCAGCAUCAAGGACAUCCAUUCAGAGUUUCGAGUGUUGAGCAAACUGACUGAGCUGCUGAUGAAUCAGGGAGAGAAGGAGGAGGCUCUGCAGUACGCUACUUUGGCUGUUCAGAUCGCUAACCAGACAGGAUGCUUUUGAUGCAGUGGGUUACUUCCAGUUGGCUCUGGCAGCUGCUCUUGAGGACCAAGCUAACACCAAAGAUCUCUAUGUAGUUCUCAUGAAGUUGGCUGAGAUCUACUGCAACCACUUGUCUGAUGCUCAGUUGGGCCAAGUAUACAGAGACAAAGCUCAGAGCCUGAAGAGAAUUUUGGCCUUCCUGGRUAACUCUGUUUCUGAAAUGGACAAWGCAGACAGACAGUCUGACCAAAAGAGGGAAAAGUGCUUGGAUGCUGAUUUGAGAUAUGCUGAGAGGUGUCAAGACGAGUCAGSUCCUAGUCUUUGUACGACCCUCACAAACUCAGAGGAAAGACCUGCGGACAUGAAUCUUGGAGAGGAUUCCAGUCUGACGGGUCAAAACCACGGUCCUGCUGACACAGACAGCAAGUCCUAUAGCGACAGUGUCUUAACUUGGUCCUUUGACACUGCCAAGGAGCACAUCUCAGACUCCAGCAGCACCAAUGACACUGACCAGAACCCAACAGAUGGGAAAGAGUCAGAGUUUGAUUCUGACCACAGCAUGCCCACUCAGAUACCUGUCAGUCACACAAGUGGGGUUACCAGAGACACUGAUUCUGAUACUCAGGACAGUCAGAAUACCCCUACUAAAGACACGGAUUCUGACACUGAUCCAACUCAAACUGAGACUGAAAAGCAGAACCUAUGAUAAAGCUUUAAGUGAGAAUAMUUAUGUGAAGGCAUAGUUUCCCUGAUGCACUUUGUUAUUUUUCACAGACAUUUCCCUUUCUUCUGGUCAUAUGAGCCCUGACAGGCAUCUGAUUACAGCGUUCCAGUCUAAUGGCAAAUAUUUAUACAACUUAUGAUGUCAGUACUGUAAAUCUGUUAGUUUUAAUCAAUUGAAAGCAUGUCAAUGUGCCUAAUAUAUUCUGAAGAUUUACAAUUCACAGCACUUACAUGUUUUCUACAYUGUWUAAUUUGUUGUGAUGAUAAACCAAACAUUACAAAUUUUGUUUGAUUGCUGAGUUUUGAUUUCAUGUUUAUUUUAAGUAGACAUUCAAUUUCACGUGACAUUCUGAGAAAGAAAUGAAGAGAAAGAACUGCAUUAAACUUCUUGUUCCAUCCUAAA